UGCGUGCCACACUCAUGUUACUAUGAAGGGUUGCUUUCUCAACCCACUAUUUUCAAAGAGGGAUCCAAUCCAAUUAUGUCACACAUGGAAAGUGCUUAUUGUAGCCAUUUAAUUUAUUUAUUCUCAAAAAUCAUUGCCAAAAUCAAGGGAUGUGAAAUAUAUAAAUAAAUCCUUCAUCAAAUUUUGUUGUUUGACAGUUCAUAAAAAUGAAAGAUUGAUUGUUUCUUACUUUCUUUUUUUAUUUUACAAAUUUUCUUAAGAGGUUUUUAGAAUCCGCACUGAUAUGAUUUUUUGUGUUUUUGUAUUGCAGAAUUAGAUAAAAUAUAUUUAUACGGAGAAACUCUUAUGAGAUAUAAUAUUAUAUGGAGAAUACUCUCAUGUUCCGAUCUCAUAUAUACAAUUAUCAUCUACAUAUGCAUGCGAUGCAAGUGUAGUAGUAGCUCCACUUUCACUCAAUUUUCACUCAAAUUUUCUUUUUCUUGUUUUAGUCUUUUUGCUACACAAUAAUGCUUACAGAAGCUACUCCUUUAUUUCUUUUCUUGCAUAUUCUUCUUUUUCUCUAUCACUCUUUAUUUUUUUCCUGCAAAGAAAACGUAAAGGAAAAGCCUCUAUGAUCUCUCUCUCACUCUAAAUUCCAAAAUUAUCAACUUUUCAUUACUAUUACUUACUUAUAGACUCUGCUUCUUGAAGCUAAGUAUUUUGUUCCUUUUUUCACACUUUACUUUUGAAACUUCAUCUUAGAGUGAAGCAAUGAAAGAUAGAAACAAAGGUGUUGAAGCUUAUACAAAUGAAAUGGAUUGUUACUAUUCUACUUCUGAUUUUCUUCCAUGUAAGAAACAUCCAUCUUCAUCUUCUGGUGGUAUAUGUGCUUAUUGUCUUAAGGAGCGUUUGGUGAAGCUUGUGUGUUCAGAUUGUGGAGAACAAAGACUUUCAUCUUGUUCUUGUUCUGAUGAAAUCACUUCAAAUAGAAACUCUUGUUCUGUUGAAGUUGGAAGUGUUGGUAGAGUUUCAUUUCUUAUCGAGAAUGAGAAAAAUGAAACCAACCCAAUUCAGCAUUUGAGUUCAAAUUCAAAUUCAAAUUCAAAUACAAAGACAAAGAUUCAUGACAAGGAAGAAGAAGUUAUGGUGCUAAGAAGAAGUAGUAGUAACUGUGUUGAUAUCAAAAGACAUAAAGGUUUUUGGAGAAUUGGGAAACUAUUUAGAAAGAACAAGAAAAAGGAUUGUGGAAGAAGUGUUGGUGGGUUUGAUGAGAAAAGUGAGAUAUGGAUGGUUGAUAAUAAUAAUAAUAAUAAUCAUCAUGGUGGUGUAUCAAGAUCAAGAUCUUUAUGUAGUUUUAGAGGUGGAGCUAUAUUUGGAUCUGAAGAUGGUGGUGAUUCUGUUUUAUCAGGUGCAAGAAGUUCAAUUUCUGCAGCAAGAAGUUCAGGUGUUAAUGGUGGUUUAAUGUUGGAAUCUGGUAGAAGAAGUGGUUAUAGUGAAGCAGAACCAAGAAGAAGUGAUUUUUAUUAUGAAUAUGAAAAUGGUAGAAAGAGUGGUGUAAUGGAAACUGAUGGAAGUAGCUACAAUGGUGUUAUAAACCGGCGUGUGUUUUCGCUAAGAGAGAGUGAUUUUAAAGGUUUAGAUGAGUCUAGUUUUAUUGAUUUGAAACUUGAUUAUUCAUCAGAAUCAAAGCAACAUGAUUUCAUAAAUGGAAAAAUGGGUGAUACACUUUCAGCUUUUGGAAGUAUAAGAAGUGGUGGUGGAAAUUUCAUGGUACAUGAUGGUGGUGGUGAUGGAGUUUUUGCUAGUGGAAGUGGUGGUUCAUGUAGGAUUAGUGUCAAUGAUAGAGGAAUUAAAAGGGAAAGAAGAAAAAGUAUUAAGGGUUGGAGAUGGAUUUUCAAAUAUCAUUCAAAUUGGGGAAGUUCAAGGAAAAGAGAUCAAGACCUUAUGUUCAAAACAUGAGAAAAUUUCAUCAAGUCAAAUACAAUGCAUAAAUGCAAGAAAAGAAUGAAAGAAAAAAUUGGAUUUGAGUUCUCUCCGGCCACUGAAUGGUGCUGCUCGAUCUCGGCCUUUGAUUUUCAUUAAAUGUUAGCAAUUGACACCAUAUAGUAUAAUUGAUGGACAGUCACAUGAAGAAGUGCAGGAGAGGAUCCGAGUUCGAAAAGGCUUCCUAUGUAGCUUCAUUAAUUAGGGUGGUAGUUUUAGUAAGUUGUUUAAAUUGUUUGUAGUUGCUUAUUAGACAUUUUUAUCUUUAUUUUCUACUAAUGUUAUUUUCUUUUUCUUUAGUAAAAAUUCCUUAAUAGAGAGAACUUCACAUUUCUUGGAAA